AUGAAGCCGAAAGCAAAAAUCGAAGCCAGAGAUCUCUUUUGCGUCAAAAGGUCUAUACUUUUUAGGGAAAAAGGUACUUAUUAUGCUCAAAGUUAUUCGGUAUUUACAUCAAAUAUAGAUAGGUUCCUUUCGACUGAAAAACAAGAAAUGAAGCUGAAAAGCGAAGCUAAAAGUGAAAAUUAA